AUGGCGUUAAAUGUUACGUCAAGACUGAAGAGUCUUGUUUUCGGAGGGUUUUAUAUAUUAAAGUCUUAUGGGUGGUUGGCUCACACUGAAGUCAUGCAGUUAGUCAUGUUUUGUUAUGACGAAUUGGGACUUUGGGCCGUGACCAUGGCAAGGGUCCUGAGUCAAUGGGGGCCUAGUUUAUGUCUUUACGACCACCCCCCAUGUAUUGGGCCAGGUCGAAAAAAGGGCUGUCAGAUAGGCCGAUGUAAUCGGGAAAAGCCACCGUGCAAAUAUUUCCAUCCACCACAGCACCUGAAGGACCAGCUUCUGAUAAACGGGCGCAAUCACUUAGCCCUGAAGAACGCGUUGAUGCAGCAGAUGGGCCUCACACCGGCCCAGCCACUAGUGCCUGGCCAGGUACCAGCAGUGGAGGCACCGGCACCUCCGGCACCACACCAUCACCUUCAACAGCAAAUCCAGCAGCAACUUCUCGCUACCCACGCCUUUAUGGCGACGAACCCGUACCUGACCGGUAUGCCGCAGGUUGGCAACACGUACAGCCCGUAUUUCGCGCCCAGCCCCAUCAUGCCAGCGAUCAUGGGGCCGGCGGACCCUACCGGAGUCGGAAGCCCUUUGGGCGUGGUGCCGCAGACGGUGGCGAUGCCGCAGAAGAUGCCACGUAGCGACCGCAUCGAGGUAUGUCGCGAGUUUCAACGCGGGGCGUGCAAACGCGGCGAGAUGGAGUGCCGGUUUGCGCACCCCCUCGAGACGGUGCAGGCGAACGAGGACGGCUCUGUGACGGUCUGCAUGGAUGCUGUCAAGGGCCGAUGCAAUCGGGACCCCUGCCGCUAUUUCCACCCCCCUCUGCACCUUCAAGCCCACAUUAAGGCCGCACAAUCUCGGGCUAGCAUUGCGAUGGACAUGAAGUCUGUCGGAUCGUUCUACUACGAGAACUUUGCCUUCCCAGGAAUGGUUCCGUAUAAACGACCGGCGGGCGACAAGUCCGGCAUGCCGGUCUAUCAGCCUACCGGCGCGACGACCUAUCAACAGUUAAUGCAGCUGCAGCAGCCCUUCGUGCCUGUGUCAUGUGAGUACACUGGAACACCACCCCUACCCACCCAAACCUCUAACCAAUCGGUCGUGCAACCCCCGAACGUGCAAAGCAACCACCACGCGGUGGUGGUUCAGUCCUCCUCCUCCUCCCAGGGAACCGGUGGCGCCACAGUCAAUAACUGCGCCGACGCCAACAAUGGCGUGCUGAUGGAUCCCUGCAACAACCCACCGCCACCACCUCCAACUGCCGACAAUAACAGUAACAAUAGUAACGGCAAUAACAAGCAGCCGAAUGCCACGCAGAAUCACGAUGCCGAAAACGCGCAUAACUCCCCCGAAUUGAAUCACGCGAGUCCGUCGACCAUUUCGCAGCAACAACAGCAACAGCAGCAGCAGCAACAUCAACAGACACAGCACCAACAGCAACAGGGCCAACAUCAGCAGCAGCAACAGCAGCAGCAACAACACCAGUUACAACAACAACAUCAACAGCAACAGAUACAAAGUCAACUGGCGUUGUCCGCUGCUUCGGUGCAGCCCGCGAUGAGCCCGUUGACCUCGGUCGCAGGCCUAACCUCGAUGCCAGGCGUGGUUAACAUGGUCUCGAUGUCCUCCAUGACGAACAUACCGUCGGUCACGAACAUGGUAUCCAUGUCGAACUACAACGCCUCGAACGUGGCCGGUCUGAGCAUGCUGAACACCCUCGGCAUGGCUUCCGGACUGCACACGCCCAUCGACCCUGCCGCUCUCGCGAAAGAGGUCGCCCAGAAGAAUUACGCGAAAGCCAUCAAGCUGUCCCAGGCCUCGCAGUCUUACGGUAUCAACCAGCUCGCGGCUCUCAACUACACCGGUGUAGCCCUGAACAAGCAAGCUCUGGUGAAUCCAGCGGCCGCCGCAGCCGCAGCUGGAACUUCACCGGUCGCUGGCCUGCCGGCGACAGCGGCGACACCUAGACCAGUGAUUCCGAACCUAGCCGGCAUUCCCGGCGCCCUAACCUCGCCUCUGUCCGCUGGAAUUCUAGCCUACUCCAGACCACCGACCGGCGCUCCCAUCAAUCCUUACUCGCUGAUGAGGCAACAGAUCCUGCCGAAUCCUUACGUUCAAGCCUCGAUACCGACCGUUCCUGGGGCCGCAGCCGCGGUCCAGGGAAAUCCCUACGUCCAGAAUCCUUACACGGUUUUACCGGGUGUCGCCAGCAUGCCUGGAGUCGCUGCUGGCGUCGCGGCGGCCGGUGUACCCGGUGUCCCUCAGAUACCGCAGAUUCCGAAUCCGGCAACGAUCGCGGCGCAACCGCAGGUCGCGAUUCCGGUCAGCUCCGGAGUGAUCAUGCAACCGUACAAGAAGAUGAAGACCUCGUAAACGCGUUUCAUCGGGUGACCCAAGGAGGUGGCGACACCCUCGCCGCCUUCCCGUCUCCGAGCGUUCUGGUUCCUUCUUCUGGGCCCUCUGCGUUCUCUCUUUCGUACGGGGACGACUCUACGUGCCGCGUUCUAUCGCGUCUUCUUCGUGAUCGAUGUCUGUGAAAAUGCUCACCGGCGGAGACCUAUAUUUUCAUGUGUUAAUUUUUUCUUCGUUUUAACAGUAGCGUGAGUAGAGUGAGCGUAGGAUAUGGAAUUGGAUACCGAAUACUAGAUUAACCUUGCCGACCUAUUUUUUGAUUUAGCGUGAAAACAAAUGGAGCUAGGUAGAUAUAUACACGUGUAUAUUAUAUAUAUGAUUAGAGUAUAAGGAAUUGAAUAUGUAAGGAAACGGUGGACGUAGCCCGGUCGGUCCCCGGUUCCGCGAAAGAGAGAACGAUCCAGCGAGCGGACGCGAAACGAGAAAUGAAACGUCGAGAUAAGGGAUGAGAAACGCAAACAGACAAACAAACAAACAAACAAGUAAACAAGAGUUCCGAAAAUAGAUUCAUUUUCUAGUCAGACAUUGUCGGUGAACAGUGCCUUAUUGACCCGAUUCCGCUUGGAGCGUUUCGAACGUAAAAUGCUUGCACGUGAGGAAUAGAAAGUAACGACGCGAAGACUUUUUCCCAACGACUAACCCUUUGAUUCUUUUUGCCCCCUUCGUUGCGAUCACGAUCGAACAACAGUACCGAGACGUCCACGCACGGCGUUCGAAUUUUAUUGUUUCAAGUUUUGUUUCCUCUCUUCUUGUCU